UGCUCAAAUACUGAUAUUAAAAAAGACCCACGAAUAUGCAUGAAAGCCUUAAAAUCUCACAUUAAGGAUUAUAAUAUAUUUAUCUUUUUAUCAAAUCAAAAAAGUUAUGAUAAGUCAUCUAUACUUAUAACAAAUUUAAGUCUACAAUUAAAUGAAUCUUUAUACAAACCUAUAGAUAUCCAAAAGGCACUAUCCACUUUCAGAAUAAGAGACGACUUAUUUUUACACUUAAAUUUGGUUCCUCAUAAUGAAAACCCAUAUUAUUCAGAAAAUUCAUACAAAUUUGCUUACAAGAUUAAUAAAUGGAUGCCCCCUCCACUUGGCACCUUUAAUCUCUUGAAAUCCAAGAAAACCAAUAGUACACCAACCUCCGAUCCUUUAUCAAAAGAUGAAUUGAUAAAUUAUGUGUUGACACAGCUAACCAUUCACGUGGUUAAUGAUGCUAGCCCUUUGAAAACGACUCGCAUUCCUCUAGAAAUCGCCAAAUUUAUUAGGUUAAACUCAAAACGGGAAUAUCUUCCUAUAGCUUGUAUGAGUGAUGUUGAUGGGCUGAUCAAACGUUACAAACCUAUAUCCGAUAUCAUUGACCCGGUUAAUGCUAGUGUCGCCACAACUUCGAUUGACAUAAAACCUACAAGUUUUGGCAAACUAAGACUAUUUACUACCAUAGAAAGAUCGGCAGAUUCUAUGAAAAAUUUAGGUUUCACCGAUAAAGAUACCGAUGAAAUAAAUUCGCUUUUCGUGGACACCAAUAUCUUUUUGCUACUGCUAACUUUCGUUAUCGCGUUCUUUCACCUGCUCUUCGAUACUUUAGCUUUUAAAAAUGAUAUCAACUUUUGGCGUCACAGGAACUCUAUGACGGGUAUAUCUACCCGAACAGUUGUGUGGAGAUGCUUCAGUCAAAUUGUCAUAUUUUUAUAUCUGUGCAAUGAGAAGACAAGCUUAAUCAUUCUUAUCCCUACUGGCGUGGGUUCCUUGAUAGAAAUAUGGAAACUUUUGAAGGCCUUCAAGUUUAGGAUAUCCUGGGACAAAGAGUAUUAUCGUUUACGUAUUGAGAAAAUGGCAUCAAUGUCGGGCGAAAAAUUGACUCAACAGUACGACCAAGAAGCUAUGCAAUACUUAUCUUAUCUGAUGUACCCGUUGGUUACCUGCGGAGCUAUUUAUUCUUUGUUAUAUGUCCCUCACAAAAGUUGGUAUUCCUGGCUUAUCAAUUCAAUGGUGAACGGAGUUUACGCAUUCGGUUUCAUAUUCAUGCUCCCUCAACUGAUUAUAAAUUACAAAUUAAAAUCGGUAUCCCACCUACCCUGGAAAGCUUUCAUGUACAAGGCCUUCAACACCUUCAUCGAUGAUUUGUUCGCUUUCAUCAUAACUAUGCCUACUACUCAUAGAAUAGCCUGUUUUAGGGACGAUUUAAUUUUCUUGUGUUAUUUAUACCAACGGUGGCUUUACCCGGUUGACAAGAAGAGAAUGGAUGAGGCAUCAAUUACAUUUAUGGACGAUACGGAGCCUGAUCUAAAAAUGACGGAAAAUAGGAAAAAGAACCAAUGACAUUUAUUAUUAUAUAAACUCUUACCGACACCUUACUUUGAAACAUUUAAUUUUUCAGCGAGGAUUGUUUAUAUCUUAAAAAUUGUAAAUUAUAUUAUUUCGAUAUAUAUAUUUUAUUAUAAUUUUAUUUUUUUUAUUCAGAAUGCAUGAAA